AUGUCAUUGAGCAGUCACAUCGCUGGUCGCAACAUCUACAGCCUCGCUGCCGGUCAAAGCGAAGCUUUGGCUCCUUUUAUCAUCGAGGAAAUACAUUUUCUCCACGAGAGAAGCGCCAAGCUAUCGUGGUUCAUUGGAGUUCAAACUGUGGGCACGGCUGCCAUGUUCAUCGCAACGGCUUAUAUUGUUCCUGCGUGGGGAACAAAGUGGUGGUAUCUCAUCGCCACGUUUAUCAACGCCGCUGUCCUUGUCUUGGCGUUCUUCUUCGCCGUUGAAACCAAGUAUGAACGACCGGUUGAUGCAGAUAGGGGUGCCGUUCACUUGAAGCUCGACGAGGACGGAAAUGUCAACAAAAACGGCGACACAGAGAUGGUGUUCCAGGUACUGACCAGACAAACGCACGUUUUGCAACCUGAAGUCUUUGGGCCACGAACAUGGCGUCACAACCUCACGAUCUUCCACUUCAAGCCAGACUGGAGACAAACUGUCAUCUUUUACAAGGAGAUUGCCCAGGCACUUUGCUUGCCAAACAUUGUGUGGAUGCUCUUGUUGAACGGUGCAUUCCUGGGUAUCUACGUCUACCAAUCUUCUACGUUUUCCAGCAUUUUGAUGUCUCCUCCUUAUACCUUCAAGUACGAUUGGCUUGGUUAUGUUCAAUUGGUGCAAGUUUUGGAUUGCGUCAUUCUCGUGCCGCUUCUCGGAUAUGGUUCCGACAUGCUGGUGCGAGCACUCAGCACGUGGAGAAACGGCACUUUUCAGCCCGAGUAUAGACUCAUUAUCCUAAGUCUGCCGAUAAUAUCAGCCAUCAUAUCAUGCGUCUUUUUCGGACAAGCAGGGGCGUUCCCUAACCGAUGGCAUUGGAUCACCAUCGUAGCCCCGUACAACCUUGGCUAUUUUGCGUUCCUUGGCGCCAAUCUCGUUGGCAUCACCUACGCCAUUGAAAGCCUCCCGAGUAAGGCAGGGCCACUCCUCCUAGUUAUCUGCGCCGGUCGCGGCUUCAUCUCUUUCGGACUCAGCUACUCGACAGUCCCGCUGAUCAACUUGAUUGGAUACAAUGGCGCAAUGAACAUAUUUGCCAUCAUUGCAGGAGUCAUUGGGGCUCUCACUUUCCCGGUGUACUACUUUGGCUCUCGCAUCAGAAUGUGGGCUACGAAGAAGGUAUGGCCGGAGAUAUCUCAGUGA